GAUUUUAGAAAAAUAACCAUCCGACAGCCCUGUUUACCAUUGCUUCUCAUUGAAAUUGCAAUCUGGUAUCUCCAAAAAUAAACAAUGCUAAAAAACAGAUGUUCACAUUUUGCAAAACACACGCAAAAAAAGCCGCAAAAAUAGUUUUUAAUUCAUUGCAAAAAGAGAUUAAUUAAAUAAAAAAUAUAUAAAAAAUGGAUAAUAAAUUAACACGCUACGAAAAAAUUGCCUUCCUGGGUGAAGGUCAGUUUGCCACAGUAUACAAGGCUCGUGAUGUUUUAAGUGACCAAAUAGUGGCGGUAAAGAAAAUCAAAAUUGGUAGUAGAGAAGAAGCCCAGGAUGGUAUAAAUCGUACUGCUUUAAGAGAAAUUAAACUACUGCAUGAACUACAGCAUGAGAAUAUCAUUGGUCUGGUAGAUGUGUUUGGCCACAAAUCGAAUGUAUCUUUAGUGUUUGAUUUCAUGGAUACAGAUUUGGAAAUUAUCAUUAAAGAUCCCAAAAUUAUUUUAACCCAGGCAGAUAUUAAAGCUUACAUGAUAAUGACCCUACGGGGCUUGGAAUAUUUACACAUGAAUUGGAUUUUACACCGUGAUUUGAAACCUAACAAUUUGCUAGUGAAUAGUGAUGGCAUUUUGAAAAUUGGUGAUUUUGGUUUGGCGAAAUUUUUCGGUUCUCCCUCACGUAUUUAUACACAUCAGGUGGUAACACGCUGGUAUCGUGCUCCCGAGUUAUUAUUUGGAGCCCGUCAGUACGGCACUGGUAUUGAUAUAUGGGCUGUUGGUUGUAUAUUGGCUGAACUAUUGUUGCGCGUUCCUUUCUUAGCCGGCGAUUCGGAUUUAAAUCAACUCACCAAAAUAUUUCAAGCCUUGGGCACUCCCUCCGAUGACACCUGGCCAAAUUUGUCUAAACUUCCCGAUUAUAUGCAGUUUGUGCAUUUUCCUGGCGCACCACUCGCUAGUUAUUUUACUGCCGCACCUGAUGAUUUAAUUGAUUUGGCCGAGAGAUUAUUGGCUUUGAAUCCUGCUAAACGUUGUACCUGUACCGAGGCCUUAAAUAUGAAAUAUUUCUCCAAUAAACCAGCUCCCUCACUGGGUCAUAAACUGCCAUUGCCUUCAUCGAAACAGCAAAAUGUCGAUGAGAAACCAAAUUUGAAGCGUAAACUUUUGGAAGCUAUGGAAGGUGUUGGUAAUCCAAAAAAACUGAUAUUUUAAUGUAAGUCUUUGAUUGGCCACAAGAAUUUAGUUGUAGUUUAUUUAUGUAGACUGGUCAAUAUUUAAUCCAAAUUUCAAUACAUUUGGUAGAAAUUUAUGAAAAUUAUAUAUAAACUAAAUCCUAUUUUUGGUUCUUAAAACUUUUUUACACAAUACAAAUUUAAAUUUGACCAGUAUUCAUUAACUCUUAAUUUACAAGAAAUCGCUUAAGUAUAUAAUACUAAAUAUUUUAGUCUAAAACAUAAAAUCGAAAUUUUAAGGCAUAUCAGAGAACUAUAUUCGUUACUUGCUAUGUUCUAGUUUUAUUGAAAAUGUUUCAUACAUAUAAGACUUUGAUAAGUUCACGUAAGUUCUUUUCUUCUAAACUAUAGUUUUAAAAAAUUUCCAUUUUUAUAUUCCAUUAAAAUAUUUGUUUUAUUUCGAGCUUGAUCGAUCUUUCAGAAAAAUGUUUUUAAAAUUUUUAAGAAUUAUUCGUUUUUCUUAAACUUUAUCCCCCGUAUUCAUAAAGAUAUUAGUCGCUUAUUUUAGAUUUAUUACUCACAUCUUCAUACAAAAUUCCUACAAUAAACCAUCAAUAAAUUUAUUAAGCAGUUAUGAAUAUGGGUUUAAAAUAGUAAUAUCUAAGGCUAAUUUUUAAUUUGAUACUAAACAUCUUCACUAUGACUAGUUAAAUAUAUAC